CAGCGCCACCAACAGGAAGUUUUGGUAAAGACUAAAGUGGAAGUAGAAAACGAAUGUGCCGUUCGCAUGAGACUGGAAGCAGAAUAAAUAUGUGAAGUUACGUUAGACUGCAGAAGACUUUGUUUGAAAAUGGUGCAUUAGUCUUAUUUGCAGGGCAUUGGUCGCUUAGUUCAAAGCGUCAGUAAGCUGCCAUCAUGCUGAGACAAAUCCUACAAACAAUGACAGUGGACCCUGACCUCCUGGCCGAGCUGUCAGACGAACAGAAGGCCAUACUGUUUGUCAAAAUAAGGGAGGAGCAGGUCAGGAGAUAUGAUGAACAUGAAAAGAAUAAUCAAACUGAGAAGAUUCCACGAAAACCCAAGAAAGGUAAGAAGAUGGUGGAGUUCAUGCAGGGUAAGGAUGGGAAGGAGUGGGUGUGGGUGAUGGGGGAACACAAGAAUGACAGGUCUAUAGAGGAGAUGAUUGAACUGGAGUGGCAGGAAAAGGCACUCAAAGAGGCAGAGCGAGAGAUAGAGGAAAUGAGGAGGAGAGAAGAAGCAGAGAUAGCUAAAAGGUUGGAAGAAGAAAAAGAAAGACUGGAAAUGGAACAAAAACAUAAAGAGGAAGAACUUAGAAAACAGAGAGAAGAAGCCGAAUUAUACGCAUCACUGAAGCAGGCAAGAGAAGUGGCCAGAAAGUUAGAGGAAGAAAAGCAGAAAGCUGAAGAAGAGGAAAAGAUCAGGGUGGAACAGUUACGGCAGAAAGCGUGCCGGAGUUGUCAAGAUUUAGAUGAUAUGGAGCAUAAGUUUGCGGAGGAUAAGAGACACUCAUUGGAGAGGUUAUUGAAGAAGAAGAAUCGGCGUAGUUCUGAAAUCUUCACAGAGUACAUGAGUAAGAGGGAAGAGAUGGAGAAGAUAGCGGAACAGAAUUUAAAGGAAGUGGAAUCAAACUGGCAGGAACAGGAGAAGAAAGCGAAAAAGGCAGAGGAAGAAGUAAAGGAGCUGGCAAGGCGAGCAAGGAUUGAGUACCAGAACUCACUAAAACUUGGCAUGAAUGUUCUAAAUGCUGUAUCAGCAUUCUCAGGAAAUGGAACCAAUACUAAACCCCCUGUACCUCCCAAGAGUGAGGAGUUGAGGAAAAGUAUGACUAAAGUAAUCAAUAAGAGGCCGCCCCGCCCCCCUAACAAACAGGCUGUGAUUGAUUGGUUCCUCGAGGAGGAGAGGCCCAAAGGAGUAGGAACUGAUCCCAGCACUGGAAAAGUGGCUGCAUGGUUUCAUGGGGUGAUUUCACGACUUGAGGCAGAAAACUUUUUACUCAACUUGACCCUCGGUAGUUUUCUGGUGCGAGUGAGUGAGCGGGUGUGGGGCUACACGAUUUCCUACCGAGCUGAGGACCGCUGUAAACACUUCCUUAUUGAUACCUCAGACCAAGGAUACCAGUUCUUUGGAGCCAACCAACUAGUUCAUAGAAGUCUAGCAGAUUUAAUCAACUUCCACAAGAGUAACCCUAUCACAGUGACGGGAGGUGAACUUUUACGGACCCCUGUGGGACAAAUUAAAGACCCACCUGAUUAUCAGGAGCUAAUGAGGCCACGUAUAACAGAAAGUACUGCAUUAUAACAAAAAAUGAACAUAACUCUAGAUCAAUCAAAAUAAAUUUGCCUUACCACCUGAAUAGAAACCAUAGAAUAGAAGCUAAAAAGAAAACAGCUUGGCAUUAUCAACAGAACCACCUGCCUACGUGUGUAGAGCAAAGCUCUAGUUAGACCACCAUCACAUGUAACUGUACAGAGUUACUUCAGGGUACUAAAAGAUAUUAAAUGUUCACAUGAUCAAAGCUGCAAUACUUGCUCACUUUUUUAUUCCUUGAAAAAAAAAAAAGAAGUAAUUUUCUAUGUUUUGAUUUUUUUUACUUUUUCAACUUUUUUUAUCUUGAUGUAUAGACAUUGAUAGGUUGUAGAUUUAACAGCAGAGCUGUACUAGAAUAGUUUACUGCUAUCAUGCACAAUAUUUUGAUUAUGAUUUUUUUUCCAUCUAAAUUUGAUGUUGAUUUUUUGCAAGCUUGUGCAGUCCCAUUAUUUUUAGUAUGAUAUAUAUUGCAGAUUUUCAAAGAUAGAUCUGUCAAAUCUGCAUAAUGAAAUUACUGGAGUAUGAUUUGUUUGAUAUAGUUUUUGCUCAUUUGCCUCAUUUGUGGUUUCAGAUCCACAUAGAUAUACAGAGAUGCAAAUAAGCAAGUAGGCUGUUGGGGGUUUACAUGUAUUUGUUCAAUCAUGGCAAUAAUAACAAAUCAAGUUUGAAUGUAUUUAUGCUUUGCUAUGAAAAUCCAUAUGUUAUACCGAGUCGUAUAGAAGUAAGUUACUGUGAGUAUACAUUUGAUAUAUGUAGUGUACUUUAGGUAUUUACAUGCACAUUUGUCAAAAAAAAUCCACCAAAAAUGAUCAGAUUUGUAGAAUGAUAAUUUUGACAUCAAAUCACUCAGAGCGCAAUAUCAUUUCUGAAAUUUUGACAUCAGGAGAUUAAAUUCUGCUCACUAUAGACAUUAAUUCCUAAAUAUUCUGUGAUGCAAGACACAUCAUAAAUAUUAAUUCAUUGUUAAAAAAAAUAAUUGUGACUAAGUAUAAUAUUUUAAAGAAUUCAAAAUUUUAUUUUUUAAGAUAUUGUACAUUAAUUCUGUAAACAAUGUAUGACGUUGUUGGCUGGUAACCCAGAUUGAUCAAAUUGAAGAGAUAUUUUUAUAAUCGUCAUUAGGCGAGUCUGAGAUGAAGUGCCCACCAUGUUUUUUCUCAUAUUGUUAGUGUUCCACAUUAUGUACAGAUUAUAAGUGCUGUUAUUCUAUUUUAAGUGUAUAUAUACUCUAUAUAAGGUUGUAUCUAAUUAUAAUUCCAUAUCAUUUUAUUUGUAAUAUGAUCAUUAUUUUUAACAGAUCUUAGUCACUUUGUGCAGUGCACUGUUUUUCGUUUAUGAGUACUGUAUGAAAUACUAUAACUUAAGAGGAUUAAUAAUUUGUCAUUAAAAUGUUCUUUUCUAUUAAUUAAGUACUUUUUUCUUUUUUUUCCUGAACUUGUAUACAGUAUCCAAGUUAACUAUUGAACUUGUGCAGUAAUUGUUAAUAAUGAAGCUUUAUGAGUCCAAAUUUCCUGUUUGUAAACUAAAAGUGUGUAUCAAAGUGUUCAAAGGUUGUGAACUUUAAAAAUGGUUUGUUCAUAAUUGUUGAAGUUCAUGGCAAUUUUCCUUGUUGAGGCAAUUCCAAUUGUUUGUUUUACUGUCAUUUUUUUUGGAAAUAUGGAUGAUGAUGAUAAAACAACAAGAGUUAAUUCCCUUCUUCAAGAUUGCGUCGAAUAUUUUAGAGAGGCAUCUAUUGACAUGUAAUACUAUUUAUUUCUGAAGGAUAAUAUCUAGUCAUUAAUUUUUUUCCCCUUACAUUUUUUAUUAAAUAUUUUUUCUUCUGUAAUAAAUGUACAUAUUGAAGCUUAAUUCACCCCUAGUCUGUCAUGUUCAGCUUAUAGUUCAGUCUUGGAAAGUUUCAUUUUGUUCUUUCUUUUAUGAAUUUUAAAUUGCAUUGGGAUAACUGGAGAAUUUUCUUGUUUGAAUGAGAGAGAAUUUUUAUGCUGCUGGGCAUGUGAUUUUGGAACUAGGUUUUCUCAUAUUUUUUAUUAAUUCACAUUAUUUUUGCUUAUCUUUUGUAAAGUUAAUUUACUUGCCCUUUACAAACAAUAAAUAUGUAUUGAUAAUAAAAAA